GGCCGCCAUCUGUCAAUACUUGCUGAUUGCUUUUGUGAUAGUGUCGUUUGCAACUUUUGUUGUAUUUUAACUAAUUCGAAUAAGUAUGCUGUAAUUAAGAUCGAAAGAAACAUUUUUUUUUAUCUCCGAAAAAAAUUGUCUGUGUGAUGUUUGGUUUUUCAAUUUUAAGUUCGAUUGGGAGAAAAUUCAAUAACCCCCAAGUCCGAAAAACGACAUGGCGGACGGAUAAUCGACCAAUAGGACGCAAGCAUUAAGCGUUUCCAGAAUUGCAUGUAUCUAUUCACGUUUCGCGUCAUUAGGAUUUGGUGCCUUGUUUCUUAGAUAAUAUUCCUCAACUGCCAGCUAACUGGAAUUAUGAACGAACUUAUUUUUUAUCAUAAAACAGUGAAAAUUACAGUGAAUGUGCGCUGUACCGCUUAUCGGUCGUGAAGCAUCUUCGAUAGGAGGCUUGUAUCAUGAAUGCUUUAGAUUUGGGGUAAACCUAAAUACAAUUAGUAACAUCGUUUUGUUUUUGUAAACAAAUAAUGUGCUUGCAAUACACGUGCAAAAUUGUGCAAAAGUGACAGUUGUUUAUAAUGAUGACGGGAAGGGGGGCAAAAAAACGCGGGAGGCCCCCGAAAUCGGGUAGUUUUGAAAAGAAUAGGAAAUUUCAAUAUCAUUUAUUGAAAAAACCAAAAUAUUUACAAUCACAAAAUGUGUCUGGUUCUCUUGCGAGUACACCAUCUGCAUCUCGGGCAUCGUCGCCACAAGGCAGUGAUACAAGUAAACGUAGUACGAGAAAACAAAGAGGUGGAAAAUCCCAUAAAAGUAAAAGAGGUGGCUUGUCGAACGCAUACUCCAGAAGAGGAUAUAAUCCUCAAGCAGCCGAUUAUCAUGAAUCGGAAUAUCACUAUGGUUCUGAUUUCGGUGAUGAAUACAGCGACAGAUCGGAAGGCGAAGAAGAUCGCGGCAGCGAAAGCACAGAAGGUUCUGUUGUAGAUGGUGCUGCAAGUGAUAGUGACUUUUCUAUCAGCAGUUAUAGCUCCACAGGAGGGACUCCUCGUAAAACAAGCAGUAACCUCUUAAGACCUCUAAGUCCUGACCCUCUUUGGCUCCAAGAAGAACGCCAGAUUCCCCCAUUGGAGCUGCCUCCAUCAUCGGAUGAUUUAAUUAUUCCCCAUAAUUUAGUUUUACAAAUAGUAGGCAUAUAUGAAGUGUUACGCCAUUUCAGGCAUUUGGUGAGAUUAUCACCAUUUAGAUUGGAAGACCUCUGUGCAGCCGUCAGCUGUGAGGAUCAGAGCAACUUGCUCAUAGAAGUACACAUUAUGUUGCUUAAAGCUCUACUUAGAGAAGAAGAUGCUCAGCAAACUCAUUUUGGCCCUUUAGAUCACAAAGACAGUGUCAAUAUUACUCUUUUUUUAUUAGAUACUAUGACAUGGCCUGAAGUUUUGCGAGUGUAUGUAGAAAGUGAUAAAUCAUUUGAUCCGAAUAUAUCAAGAAUCUUGAAUUCCUGUGAAUACCCGUUUACUAAUGUUGAGGAUCGAGUGGCAGUUCUCCAAUUCUUGUGUAAUCAAUUUUUAAUUACAAAUCCAGUAAGAGAUGAUCUUAUAAGUGAAGUUCCUAUACAUUAUGAUGAUCACUGUAGAGUAUGUCAUCGCUUGGGAGAUCUGCUGUGCUGUGAAACAUGUCCUGCAGUUUUCCAUCUUGAAUGUGUUGAUCCACCAUUAGUGGAUGUUCCAUCAGAAGAUUGGCAGUGUGCUUUAUGUAAGCAACACAAAACAGUUGGUGUAACUGAUUGUCUACCUGAUGCAGAGAGGCAAGGUUUACUAUGUCGUCAUGAACAUCUUGGAUUUGACAGGCAUGGCAGAAAGUAUUGGUUUAUUGCUAGACGUAUAUUUAUAGAGGCUGAAAAUGGAGAGGUAUGGUACUACACUACUAGCCAGCAGUUUCAAAAACUUCUUGAAGUACUAGAUGCGGGUGAGAUGGAAGCACCUUUAGUGAGGGAACUUUUGGAAAUGAAACAAGAAAUAGCUAGGCAAAUGGACAUAACAGAGAGGUUGACUGACCAGGUUAAAGGAAAUCGUAAAUCAUAUUUAGAAGUGGAGAAUGCAAAUAUUGUAAAGCAAAAAAAAGCAAAAGAUCAGCACACACAUCAUGGCCAAAAUAAUGAAAUGAAAAUAAGUGAAAAACAUGAUCCCGAACUUUCAUUAGUCUCCGAUGGAGAUGUUGUAAAUGAAGUCACUGUAACAAGUGAUGAAGCAGUGAAAGAAGACAAUGAUGACAAACCUGAUGAUAAUGAAACAAAAAAAGUGAAAAACAGUUGCACUUCUAAGACAAAAUCUUUGAUACAGAAGAAGAGUGAAGAUGUUACAGAUCGGCUGACGCGGUUGAAAUCAAAUCAACUAUCUAACGGAACAUAUCUGUUUAAAUUAGGAAAUGAAAACACAUUUAAAACUUAUGUCAAUCAAUAUACAAGUAAUCCUUUGGCAUUGAAUAAGCCCCAAAGAAAUGAAGAAAGAGACAAGAAGCGGUAUAUUUCACAUAAAUUUUCAUUGUCAUCUGGGCAAGAUUUUAAAUGGGUUGGCCUGUUAAACGCAACAAAGCCUUUACUUGUGGCUACCUUAAGACAAACAUUGCUGCAACUAGAAUCCAAUAUAGUUCAGCAGUUUAUGCAUCCCAAUUGGACAUUGCUACGAAAACCAUGGGUACAAGCUGUUCAACUCUGCCAAGCGCCACGGGACUUUGCCCGCGCUCUUUGUGUGCUACAAGCAUGUGUGAAAAAUGUUGUAUGGGUGCCGGCUUGGCAUGAGCAACUGGGCCAUGUGCGCCUCAUUCGUACCACUGCUGCAGAAAGAGAAGAACGGAAAAAAUUGGAUAAAAGAGAGAAAAAGGAGAGAGACGAAGAGGAAGAGCGAUAUAGAAUGUCUUAUAAUUUUGUCAAGUAUUCCUUAGGACUUCGACAUCAAGUUUGGAAACAAAAAGGUGAAGAAUAUCGAAUUCAUGGCCAGUGGGGUUGGUUAUGGAAUUCAGCAACAAGGAAGUUUAAGAAACACAAUUCCAAUUUAAAAUUGGGUCUUUGUCAUGGUCCAGCAAAAAUUACAGUCAGGGUCAGAGAAGGGAACAUAAUGAAAGUACUAGCUGUGGAACCUAAAACUUAUGAAUAUUUAACUUCAACUGAUUAUGCAGAUAAGGAGGUCAUGUCAAAGUUACCAGCAUCUAUGAGGAAUAUGGAAUUGGAAAAGGAAACUGAAGAUUUUGAAGAAAUUGAUGUUGAAAAAGCAUUGAGUUCCUCAACAAGAAGACACUAUCCUAAGAUAGGGAAAAAAUCUAAAUUGGAUGAUUUUCUAGCUCGUCGGACAUAUUUGAAAUUCAUGGAGGAGAAAAAGCUUGGCAAUAUGUUGAAUAAUAUAAAAAAAGAAGAAAUAGACGUGAAAAGUGAGGAAGACAGAAAUAUAGAUGUAGAAAAUGAGGAUACAGACACAGAAGUAACUUCCGUCACUGUUGCAGCCACCGAAAAUAAAAGCUUAACUUGUGCUCCCAAACUUGUGGACACUGUUAGAGAAAAGUAUCAGAAUCUCAGUAAUUUAACUAAGCAUUACAGAUGUUACUCAGCCGGUUGCAACAGAUCAGAGUCGUCUGAUGCACUCGCAGAUUUUAAAGUUGAGUGCUACUCACCUAUGUGCAUCGAAAAGGGGCAACUUUUGAAUCAGUUACUGUCAUUAAUAAAAGAUGGUUCAAACAAUUAUAACUCAUUUUUAUUAAGUAAUACAAAGGAAAAAAACAAAAUAUCAAUAUUAGAAAAAUAUUUACUAGAUAAAUCUACCACCUCCAGCGAAAACAUAGUAUCAGAUUUACUGUCUGCAGUAGCAUGUGCACAAGAAUGUGACAACAAAAACUCUGACUGCUUCGUUAAAAGAAAAUCUAGUGGAGAUAGCGAUUUAUGUAACUUUAAAAUGGAAAAGGAUGAAAUUGAUGGUCUCAUCAAAACUGAAAGCACACUCGACGAAUGCGCUGUGCCUGCAGUUGGUAAUGAAAUGGACAUCGAUAUUACGAGCAAUGGUAAUGAAGAAAAUGAAGUCGAAAUUGGUCCACUCAAAGAACUUACUGACCAUGAACAUGAUGAAAAAGAUACAGGCAAUGCCACUGAAGGACGACCACCCAUACCCAAACUGAAGAUAACUCGCGGGAGAUCUUCGAAAAGUGCAUCGAAUUCUAGUGGAACUCCAAUAAACAGCAGAGGAAAAGAUUCUUCUUAUGAAUGUUCAUUGAAACCGGAAAAAGAAUCUGAUAAACCGAAGUAUCGCGCUAUUAUUAACAGGCGAUUUGGAUUAACCAGAAAUAUAAAGAAAGAAGACAAAAUAAAGGAAGAAAAAUCUGAUAGUGCAAUCGUUAGAAUUUACUCAGCAGACAAUCCAAGUGGAAAGGUUUACCUGAAACGAGUUCAAACAGUGGCUGUGGAAAAAAAGAAGAAAAGAACCCCAGUAAAAUAUCCUCUUUGUUCCUCAUUUCAUACUAAAAGCAAGGCGAAAACAAUAAUGGUUUUGCCUCACCAUGAAUUGAAAAAACUGUGCAGACAAGCAGGGCACAGCCCUAUAGUCGGUUUUAGCCAAAGUGCUAAACCCAAUCAACUCGUAUGGCCAUACCCUUGCGCUAGGCCUCUUUUUAAAACAUGUUGGCUGUAUCGUACCGUCAACUUACAGUGGCUAGCUAGUGCAGCUCUGCAGCUACGUAUCAUGUGGGCCUGCCUGCGAUGGGACGACAUGUCCGCUAAGGCCGCCACGGCCGACGGAAAACAUCAACUGACGACAGACACGGAGAUCGUUUCACUGGAAUUAUUAAAGCAUCGUCACGUGGGCCAGUUUUCAGAACGAACGCAAUAUCUUCGUAGGAAAGUAGUCAUACCACUAGAGUUGCCGAAGACCGUGCGCGAGGUCACCUCCAUCCGAAGCGGAUUAAGAAAGAGAAAACGGGCUGAGUCCCCACAGAACACUGAACCUCAGGUAUCUGAGGAGUGGGUAGACGAAGAUAAGUUGGAGCUGUGGGAGGUGCGGCAGUACGGCGAGCGUGCGGAGCGGGCGACGCCCGUGACGCGCACGUCCACCGGCAAGCUGCCGCCGCGCAGCACCGCCACCGCGCCGCCGCUCGCCGCUGAGCUCAAGGACAAGAUGGAGCAGCAGCUGCGUGAGCAGCGGGCGGCGCACCAGCAGAAGAGAGCCCUCGAGCUGUCGCAAGAAAAGUCUAAAACGCCAGGUCAAGUUUCCGGUAAAAGUACUCUAACAUCAUUGUUAACCUCUAAUGCAUCUACUCCCACUGGGCAGAAAACUGUUAUCGGAACUAGAAGAAUCAUUAUGACUAAAGGUGCAGAUGGCACCACUAGAGUGAUAAGUCAACCAAUCGGGGGUUCUAGUAAAUCUGUUUUGUCGACUGAUGCCGCUAAAACGGGUGCAACUCCUCAGAAAGAGGGGCCUCAGAAGGUUCAAAUUAUCAGAGCGCCUAACGGCGAAAUUACAGUGAGAGGAUUGUUAGCUGGGCAACAGCUGAUACAGAUGCCCGACGGGAAGCUGCACGUCGUCAUGCCGGGCCAGCAGGGCAUCGCGGGGCAGCUGGUGGCGGCGUCGCCCGCCCCCGCCAAGGCCGAACCCGACCCUCCGCCGCCCAAUACUAUUGAGAAAAAUAAUACGCCCAACAAGAAUAAUACAGACAUCGCCGCGUCGGGUCAGACGAUCCGCAACUCUACUCCGACGGUUCCGCAAACAAUAGUGUCGAGCGGGCGGCACAUCGUGGUGCAGCCGGCUCAGCAAAUGGUCGUGCAGUCGUCGCAGGUGGUGGUGCAGCCGCCGCAGCAGGUGGUGGUGCAGGCGGGUGCGCGCGCGCCGCCCGUGCAGACCGUGCUGGUGCAGGGCCAGCUGCUGCAACGCACGCCCGCGCCGCGCGCGCCCCCGCCGCGCCUGCGCGCCGCCACGCAGCAGAUAGUGGUCAACAACCCGGCGCUCGUGCAGCAGAUCGCGGCCGGCAAGAUCCAGCUCGCGACCGUCAACGGGCAACAGGUGCUGAUCCGGCCGACGGGCAACAACCAGGCGCAGAUCGUGGCGCACAUUGGCCAGAGCCCGAUGCCGGCGCCCGUGCCCGCACUCGCGCCUGCGCCCGCGCCCGCGUCCGCUCCGGUGCCCGCGCCCGCGCCCGCCUUGCGCCCCGCUCCGCCGCCCGCGCCCGCCCAGCAGCAACUUACCGAAGAUCAAAUUAUGGAGAAGCGGCUUUUAGCGGGCCAACCGCCGGGAACCGUCAUCAAGACAGUAACCGCGCAGGUGAUGCAAACCAGCAGUGGCCCGAGUAUCGUGCUGCAAGGCCUCCAUGGAUAUUCUCUCACCCCACAACAGCUUGCGCUCGUCCAGCACCAAGUAAAACAACAACUUUUAAAAGCACAAGAAUCGACGGGCAAGCAAGGCAUGCUGGGUCCUCGGAAGAUGUAUUUGGCCGUGCAGCCGUCGCCGAGCGCGCCGCCGCCCGCCGCGGUCAGCGCGCCGCCCGCGCCCCUCGCGCCCCUCGCGCCGCUAGCGCCCCUAGCGCCGCCUGUGCUCCAGCAACAGGAUGGUAAAGCUGAUGAUAAAAAAAUACAAAGACCGCCUUUAUUGAAUGGCGAAGAUCAUGUAGCGGAAGCUGUGAGCCAAAAAGAGGCCAUUCCUUCUAAGCCUGAGGAUAUUCCUGAAAAUAAUACAAAAACUGAUAUAGUAAAUGCUGUUCACGAAGGAAAUCUUAAUAAAAAAUUUGUCCUCACUCCUGACUACAUACAACAAACUAUCAAGAGCGCUCUGAAACAGGAAAACUUGAAUCCCGAGAUCGAGGAGAAAUUGCUGCAAUUGCAAAGGUACCAGGAAAAACAAAUGAAGCCCGAAGUGCCAGUGGAGAGGGAGAUACAGCCGGUGGCGGUGCGCUCGCCCUCGCCGCCGCCGCCGCGCCGCCGCGGGCCCUCGCGCCACGACGACGACGCCGAGUGGGUCGAGACCAGCCCGCGCAAGCGCGCCCGCGGCGCGCGCGGGCCCUCGCCGCCGCCCGCGCCCGCGCCGCCGCCCGCGCCCGCGCCGCCGCCCGCGCCGCCCGCGCGCCCGCCACCGCGCGCCGCGCCUGCGCCGCCCGCGCCCGCCGCGCCGCGCGCCCCCUCCGCGCACUCCCGCCUGUUGCUGCUCUUCAAACAUAAAGAGAUGCUCAAGAAGGAUAUUAUAAAGAAACGUGGCCUGCUCGAAAAGGAACUCGGUGUCGAAAUACAGAAGGAGCUGUCCGCGGAGCUGGCGCUGCGCACGCGCGCCGAGCGCAGCAAGCAGGAGGAGGUGCGCGGCGGCGGCGCGGGCGCAGGCGGCGGUGCGGGCGGCAAGCGCCGCAGCGCCUCCAUGUCUGCUCGCGAAAACAAAUCCAAUAACAACAAGAAGAGUGCGAAGAAGGAGAAGUUGCUCUGUAUAUGUCGCACUCCCUACGAUAACACCAAGUUCUACGUGGGCUGCGAGCACUGCAGCAACUGGUUCCACGGCGACUGCGUGGGCGUGACGGAGGAGAUGAGCAAGAGCAUGGAGGAGUACGUGUGCGCCGAGUGCCGCCGCGCCGCCGAGACGCAGGAGCUGUACUGUCUGUGCCGCCAGCCCUACGACAACUCGCAGUUCUACAUCUGCUGCGACCGAUGUCAAGAUUGGUUCCAUGGCAGAUGCGUCGGUAUCCUGCAGUCCGAGGCCGACAACAUCGAUGAAUAUAUCUGUCCGAACUGUCAGAAAAAUAAUUCUGUGAACUAUGCGAAUAUGAAAGAGCUCACCGCCAAAGACUUCGAAAAUCUCAAAAGGCUCGUGAAACAGAUACAGCUGCAUAAAAACGCUUGGCCCUUUAUGGAGCCAGUCGACCCCAGAGAGGCUCCCACCUACUACAAAGUGAUUAAAGAACCCAUGGACUUGCAGACUGUGGAAAGAAAGGUGAAUGAACAGACUUAUAGUACAUUAAGUGAAUUUAUUGGUGAUAUGACUAAAAUAUUUGACAAUUGUCGUUACUUUAAUCCAAAAGACUCAGAAUUUUUUAGAUGUGCUGAUGGCUUAGAGGCAUUUUUUGCGCAAAAAAUUAAAUACUUUCGGGAAAAGUUAUUUGAGUCCACUCAAUGAUAACAGUGCCAGUGCGUCUGUGAACAGUGAUAGCGCGUCUGUUGAUUGUGGUUGGAUAAAAGACAUUCGAAUACGGCUGUAUUGUUACAUCUCGUAAACACUUGUAAAUUGUAAAGAUUAUGAUGAAAUUUUCAAAGAAUUUGUAUAAAAUGAUCGAAGAAGUUUUGAGUUCAGUCAGCUAAACUUUCAUGUUAAGUAUUUAUUGUAUUUUAGUGAUUAAUGCUUUUCAUUUGUAAUCUAUUUUGAAGCUGACUCCUUUGGCAAAUGAAUAUGUUCGCAGAAGGAUAUACAAUUUAUACAUAGUUUGUGAAAAAGAUAUCGUGUUAGCAGAUAUUAUGACAUAGUAACUUUAGUUUUAACUUAGUGUUUAGUUUAAGUAAACAUUAUUGUAUGUAAGAAAUAAAUCUUUAAUAAUAUAAAUAUA